AUGCGGAAAUCGCAUAAGCUUGGUUCCAGGUCGUUCCUUGGUUCCAACCAGGCCACAGAACGUCAUCCUACUGAGCUGUCGUCGACCGGGGAGACUAUUGCUGGAAACAUCAGCCAUGAACAUAAUGCUAUCUCUCUCUUUCGCGCGGCCGCAACUGGAAAUAUCGCUCUGCUGGAACGACUGCGCCAGUCUGGUGCAGAUAUAUGUUCGGUUGGAGUUGAUGGCUCCAACGCACUGCAUGCAGCGGCGAGGGCUGCAAACGUGCAAGCCGUAGAAUAUCUUCUUUCGCUAGGCGUAUCAUCCAAGGAGUACAACGGAAAGGGUAGAGUUCCUUUACAUGAAGCAGCACUAGGUGGUAAUUGGAAGGUUGUGAGUGUCCUCAUGCGGAACAAUUGCGAUUCGAAUGGUAGCAUCUCCAGUCCCGACAUAUUGGCCCCCUACAUUAUCCAGUCCGAGAAAGUUAGCGCAAUCGGAGCUUUCAUUCAGCAUUUCGGCAAACAAGUCAUUGAUCAGGGCGACCGACCAUUGCUACUUUUGGCCGCGAGGAAGAGCCCGGCGAUCAUGAGUCUACUCCUUAGUCAUGAAAACCUCAAGAUUACCCAGGGAGGUUCCUGGCGAACGUCCGCAUUACACAUCGCGGCAGAGAGUGGAAAUGUAGAAGUCUUACGGCUACUUCUUACUUACCCAGGUACCAAUAUCAACGCACAAAGACUCCUACGGCUCCGCGGUGAAUCCAUAUAUCGUGCAACACCUCUCCAAGUCGCGUUAAUAUUCGGCCACGAGGAGAUGGUUAGAUUUCUACUUGCUCAAAAAGAGCUAAAGUUCGACGGUAGUUAUCCGUGGCCAAAGGAGGAGAUCCACUUGACCAUGAAAUUCCGUCAAUAUCGUAUGGGUCAGAUCCUCCUACAAGAUCAUAGGGUGCAACACAAUGAUCUUAUAAGUCCCCUUCUUCGAGAGAUUGCCGAGGGCAAUGAGGAUAAGGCCUUGGAUCUGAUUCGCAGAGAUAUCUCUUUUCUACCAGCUUAUCAGGUUGAUGCUUGGCAAAAUCCUUUCAACUGGGCGAUUGCGUUGGGCUAUAGCAAUCUCGCAAAGCGACUUAUGGAGAGUCCUGUCAUCGACGUUAAUGCUGGGAAGGGACAAAACUUUCUCCCCACAGAAAUUGCCGCGGGAAAUGGCGACCAAACGACUAUGGAACUACUUAUAGGGCAUCCCAGUGUUAUUAUGGGCGGAAGACCUCUUUACGAGGCUGUCAAACACAAUCAUCUCUCGAUGGUGGAGCUAUUGCUCUCGUGCCCAAAGAUCAACGUUUCUACAUCAGCGCCUUUGACUGAGGCGGUGAAACAGGGUAAUCAUGAGAUAAUCAGGAUGCUGCUUCGCUAUCCCCGAAUUGAUGUGAAUGCGAAACCUGCUGAUUGGGACGACACGGCGUUGUCCAUGGCUGUGCGGCGUGGUAAUCUCGAUAUCAUCCGGCUAUUACUCGAUCACCCAAUGAUUGAUGUCAACGCUACGAUAAUAUACAGCGAUCGCAACUCAACGGCACUCGAUAUCGCUCUCCGCAGAGAUGCUACCACAAUUAUCGAGAUCCUACGAAGCUACGGGGCGAAAACUGUGAAGGAAUUGAAGCAGAGUUUACAAUGA